ACGGCUGCUGGAAUGGCGGCGCUCCCGUCGAAGCGUACAUUGUUGUUGCAUUUUUGUAAAACUUCACUCGAUAUGGAACGCGUUACAUCAAAAUAUGUUGGUGGAAAUACCCGCGGAGAUAAACUGCAAUAGGAAAAGGUCAUACGCCGUGAUCAUGGCCAAGAUGGUCGUGUAUUCAAUAAGUCAGCAUGUGGCUUCUGAGUUGCCGGCAGAUCAACCGGUGCUUACAUGCGCCUUAUGCUACGCUGAAUGUACGUUGACGGCAAUGCACUGGAUUCAGGACUGUGAGUGUGUCUUCUGCAAAACGUGUCUAAACAAAUAUCUCUCUCUGUUGAUCAAUGAGGGAAACUGUUCUCUGCUCACAUGCCCUGAUGCGGAAUGUGGGUCACAGGGCAGGUUCAGCCACAAAGAGAUAGAGAAGUUGGUGGAUAAAGAAACAUAUGACAGGUACAUAAAGUCUAAGUUUGAAUACGAGGUGGAAUUGGAUCCUCAUCGGACAUUCUGCCCUGGACCUGACUGUGAGACUGUGUGUCAUGUGUGUCCGGCAGAACCGAAGACGGCAAAGGCUGUCAACUGUCCCUCGUGCGGACUACACUUCUGCUCAAUGUGUAAAUCACAGUGGCACGGGAAACUCAGCUGUGAUGAUAACCAAACCAAACUAGGCCUAACCAACGGGUUGGCAUUGUCGAGCAGGGGAGAUGAUAGUGCCCUUAUCAAGCGCUGUCCGCUCUGCCACGUGCCGAUCGAGCGUGACGAGGGAUGUGCACAGAUGAUGUGCAGACGCUGCAAGCACGUCUUCUGCUGGUACUGCCUCGCCUCGCUCGACGACGACUUCUUAUUGCGGCACUAUGACAAAGGACCGUGUAAGAACAAGCUAGGUCAUUCCCGUGCGUCUGUCAUCCUGCAUCGUGCCCAGGUCGUUGGAAUAUUUGCUGGUUUCGGCGUCCUGCUUCUUGUCGCUUCACCGUUCCUGUUGCUGGCGGCACCCUGUAUAUUGUGCUGCAAGUGUAAGGUGUGCAAAUGCUGUGAUGACGAUGAAGGCGCCGCAGGGUCAGAUCGGCGCACGCCCACCGUCAAUCCGUCGGCGGGAUCCUUCUAGAAGAGACUGCCGCCGCUCGCUCCUCGUAUGGGGAAAACACGUUCAACACACGCGAUCGGUGCCAGUCUAUGGACGAUUCACCGUGCGCUGUAGGAUUUUUGUGGCUGUGCGUGUCGUUGCAACGUUCAAUUGUUUCAGGAGGAUGUAUGGAGCAAGGAGCUAAAUAUAACUAUAUUAGCUAUAUAUAUAUAUAACUCUCUCUCUCUCUAUAUAUAUAUAUAUUUAGCUCCUUGGUAUGGAGUAGCUGGAAAGUCGGCGACUUUCGUGCUGUGUUGUUUAGUGUUGUCGCGGAAAUUUAAAAAUAACGAUGUUUACUGGCGUGUGAUGCUGAUGUUUAGAAUCUUCAAUGAGUAACACAGAUUUAUUAAUUUUGACUGACGACUGUUGCAUCUCGUAAGUAAUAGGUGCUAUGGGCUAAUAUAGGGCACAAGCACGCACGCACGCACGCAAUCAAGCACGCACAAAAGCACGCACGCACUCACCAACUCGAUACUUAUCUUCUGUGACAUUUCUUAAAACCCUAGAUGUGUAAAUAUGACAAUUCAUUGAGGGGGUACAUUUUUCUUGGAGAUAAUGUACUGUCUUUUUACCUCUGAAGUGCGUGGCACAGUAUGGUGUGGGCCUAGACAACAUAGCAAAAACACUUGGCAUCCACAUAAUAAUAAAAUAAUCUCAAACUAUUUACUCCUGGUAUUAUGCAGAUUUAAGUUAAUUAUGAUCUGACCCCACCCCGUUCCUCCCCUUUCCCCCUUUCCCUCUUUCCCCAUAUUGUUUGUAGGCGUUGUGCCCUAUAUGACCUUGUAACACUUUGGCUCUACUGCACAUGUGCAUAUAAAUACAUGUAGAUAUAACGACACAUCUGUGGCUUAUAAAGAGAUGAUGUUAUGAACCUUGACCAGACAUCGCUGCUAUUAACAAAUAUGUGGCAUCAACCAGCGCGUUACUUUUAAUAUAUGUAUGUACGUGAAUGGCUUGCCGGUUCGUUGAUGCGUGCAUGCGUGCGUGUGUAAACCUGUCGUGCGUACACACUCUGGGCUUAAACCCUCUUAGUUUCAAUGCAGUUAAACAAAAAAUAUUUCAAAUCAUGACGCAACGUGCAACGCGCGUUCGGUCUCUCUCUCUCUCUCUCGCAAGUUUAGCAGAGAUAGGUCUGUUCCUUGUACUGUUGUAGCAAUGUUAAUGCUAAUGUUAAUGUGGCCAUUCUUUGAACAGAAUGGUAAAGUGUGACAGCUUUUCGUUGCUAUAGUUUUUUGGCGUGGAUGCAGCAACCCAACCACUGGUUUUUCUAAGCAUCUACCCAUGAUAGUUCUAUAGAUAUUGUGUGAUUUAAGGAACUAUGAGACUAAAUUUAUGGACUAUAUCUUUUUGAUAUUUUGUCUCUGAUCGUUACAGGUGAUCUCUUCAGCAGUGGUUUUAUUUUUAACGGGUGUAACAUUGUACAAAUUUAAUUAUCGUGUUAAGUUGAAUGUAGUGUACAAUCAUUCGGUCCAGCUCUGAUAUCUUUAUAGAAAUCGUAAAAAUCACUAAUAACUAAUUGUGGACGCAACACUUCACCACCUUAAAAUGUAUAGUGGCUGGUGGCUGGUUAGAUACAAUAAUGUAACCCAAACCCAGGAUAGGGGUUACCUAUCUUGGGUUUGGGUUACAUUAUUGUAUCUAGUGGCUGGUGAGUGCUUGUCUAUUCCACGAGAAUUAAUCCAGUCUUUGAUUAUUCAUUGAAAUAUUGUAACAACAUAUGGCGUUACAAUAUUUUGCGUUGUUUUUAAUAUUGUAAUGAUGUACAUAAUAAUGUAUGUGUGUCUAUUGAUGUCAUUUAUUUAUACAUACCGAUAUAUGUCGAAAUUUGUUGACA